GCUGUCCGUUCGUUCGAUCGUUCGUCCGCCUGUUCGCGUCUUCAGCUCGAUCACCGUACUUGCACGGCAUACUAUCCGUUCCCGGGUGACUACGUCUGAUUGUCUGCCAAGAACACAAAUCUAUUCCGAUAGUCUUGUCGACUUUUUUCCUUUCCUAUCGACUGUCAACCUCGCUGAACUCUUUCGCAUAUUCUUGCACCAAGCGUAUUACUUUCACGUGAUCAAUUCGUGAACGUUUUCCCCUCUAGCCAUAUUCAUUGUUUUGCACGUUCUUUUGCACCCCCGUCUCCAAAAAACCACCACGAACCGGUUCACUGUCGCCACACGUCCAAUAAGGACGAGCGAAAAGAUCAUUGUUCGGCUCUGCGCCAGCAUCGUCUUCGAGUGGCUGAUCAGCUAGUGCUUACGGCCAGUACAACUCUUUUCGUGACACACGUAAAUCUACAGCAGUGGACACGGACGAGAUAAUUCACUCGCACAUGAGGAAGACAUUCGCGUUGCAGUGAUCGACGCCAGUCGGCCGACUGCCGCCGUCACCACCGCCGGCGCCUCCUAUAUACCGUCAUGUUAAUAAUGGCGAUGACAACAACGAUGACGACAACAACGGCGAUGACGGCGAUCGCAAUCUGGUGCGUGGCAGCCGUGAUGGGCGCCGCCGGUGGUCUGGUGUUGGACGGCACGUACGGCCAGUUCCGGAAGUGGAACGCGGGUGUCAACGGCACACUUGAGAUGGAGUUCAAGACAAGGUCACCGAACGGGCUGCUCAUGUACACAGACGAUGGCGGAACGUAUGACUUUUUCGAGCUGAAAAUGGUAGAGGGCACCUUGCGGCUACGAUACAACCUGGGUGCCGGUGCCCAAAUAUUGAUGGCCGGCCACGACUUGUACGACGGCCGGUGGCAUCGUGCGGCCAUCGAGCGCCGCGGGCGCGUCACCACCCUGGCCGUGGACAACGCGACCAGCGCGGCCGCGUCCGCCGGCAAGGAGCUGCAGUUCGGCCGGUUGGCGUCUAACUCGCCAGUGUACGUGGGCGGUAUGCCCGGCUGGUACAACGGUCGGCUCACCCGGCUCGCCUUGCCAAGUGUCAUAUUCGAGCCCCGGUUCAGCGGCGCGGUCCGCAACAUUGUSUACACCGACGACUUUUACCCGUAUCCUAGGCGACAGACCGCCAUCACCGACCCAGUCCGACAGCCAAAGGUCAGUGAAAUUCCAUAUUAUCACCAUAUCACCAUUAUGAUUACAAUACGCAUACAUAUGUCAGGUUACAUCUGUAUGAACAAUCACGAAGCAUUUAAUGAAUUACUAUUGAGUAAUGAGCUGUUAAACACGUUUUAUAAACCCAUGAUUGGUCCAUUCAAUUUUAUUGAACUAUUACAUUAA